UCAUAAUCCACUUGUUCACAGAAACAAAAUGAAUGUUGGUGUAGCGCACAGUGAGGUGAAUCCCAACACUCGGGUCAUGAACAGUCGAGGGAUCUGGCUGACCUAUGCCCUCGGUGUUGGAAUGCUUCAUAUUGUGCUCUUGAGCAUACCCUUCUUCAGUGUACCUGUGGUGUGGACUCUCACUAAUGUUAUACACAAUUUUGUAAGUCAUUUUUCUUCUCAUGAAUUCAUUUGUUGACCCCAUUUUGAGUGUUUUUAUUACCUAUUAUUACUUGGGCCGGGACGAUACCUGUAUCGCGAUUAAAACACGAAACAGACCAAACUUUUGAUCCUUUAAAAACCUGCUGUAUGUAAAAUAUUGUGUGCAAAAGCUUGGAAAAUAAAUCAAUGUGACUCUGGAUGACAACAUAAUGAUGUUUGUUUCCAACAUUAGGGCUGUUUUCCUAAAGAAGUUAAAUCUGCUUUGUUUUGUUUCCUGCCACGAUACUAACGAGUGUCGCGGUAUCGUCCCGGCCCUAAUUAUUACCAGUUUGUCCUUCUUACUUACAGCCAUAUCAUGGCAAAAAAAAAAAAAAAUUGGUGCCUAGACAAUUGCUGCUUCCUCAAUGCACUGGUGCCUCAUUGUUCUUAGUGGAAUCACUUUAAAGGAACAAGGUCACUGGCAUGUCAUCACUCACUAAGUUUAGCUGUUGUCCCCAUAUUGUAUGUGAAGUCUUCUGCAUCACAGUGAUCAGGAAGGCCAUUAAAAGGGGACCACAAUAUCCUGCGAUUUUAGUUAAGCAGCUUAUUAUUUCCUGUAUCUUUUGUUGCUUGCCAGCAAGUACUAGUUCAGCUGGUAAAUCAAGAACAUUUUCAGAGACAUUGUUAUUAGAAUGUAGCAUUCUCAUUCAAAUGACCUCUUGUCCUCAGUGCCAGGUGUUGUAAAGAAACUAAGGAAGCGAAUACCCAGAACGUACUAACAUAAAUACAGUUCAGGUUCUAUCACAGCUCUGUCCAUUACAUUUGGACAUUUUAGUAAUUUAGCAGACUUUUUUUUCUCUUCUCCGUACUGGUCCCCCAUGGGAAUCGAACCCACAACCCUGGCGUUUGCAAGCGCUACACUCUACCAACUGAGCCACACGGGACCAUGGAAAGAUAAAGAUGAAUUCCCUUUUAUCAAAAGAAAAAGACACAUAGCUGUGCUACCACAUCUACCCUCAGUCCCUGGCAGCAUUUGCUACUUUAAGAUUUGUUUGUCUUGUCUUAGUGGACUGUCUCUCACCAUCGAGACUUGGACUCAUUCCCUGUAUGUAUGUAUGUAUGUAUGUAUGUAUGUAUGUAUGUCUGUCUUCCAGGGGAUGUAUGUCUUCAUGCAUGCAGUGAAAGGCACUCCUUUUGAGACCCCAGACCAAGGCAAAGCCCGGCUCCUGACACAUUGGGAACAGUUGGACUACGGCGUGCAGUUCACAUCAUCCAGAAAAUUCUUCACCAUCUCCCCUAUCAUUUUGUACGUCGCCUUCUGUCAUUUAGAACAAGAGGUUACAUUUUUUGUCUAUUGGCUUUAGAUACCCAUUUAGCAUCCAGUGCAGAAGUAAUUGUAAACUGUAUGAGGUGGUUUUCUGGACACAUUAAGAUUAAGCCUAGUCUUGGACUAAAAAGCACUUAAAUGGAGAUCCUCCAUUGAGAAUGCGUUUUAGUCCAGGACUAGGCUUAAUCUGUGUCUGGGAAAACGGCCCUAUAAAUGCUAAUUGUUGACCAUGCUGCAUAUAUUUUUCAAUUGACACAUUUGCUAACUUUUUUUUUUUUUUUAUCCCCCUAGAUAUUUUCUUGCAAGCUUCUACACAAAGUACGACACAACACACUUUGUCAUAAACACUGCCUCCCUUUUGAGCGUGCUGAUCCCCAAAUUGCCACAACUACACGGAGUCCGAAUCUUUGGUAUCAAUAAGUAUUAAUCCGAGUGUUAAGAGGGUCAGUGGUGUGUGACCAACUCUCAAAGGAGCUAUUGCCUCAUAGCAAGAUGAAUAGUUAACCCUAUGUAUUCUGUACCACUGGAGUGUGUACUAAGCAGUUUUGUACAGUUUGUGCAAUUGUCACUCAUUGUUUAGAUAUGUCAGGUUAAACUGUAGUGGGAGAAUUAGAGAAGAGAAUGCCAUGUGCAUUACUAACUUAAGUAAAUAUUUAAUGUUGUAUUUUUUUGACCUGCAUAGACCUGGGCUGGCCCAGGUUUCAAAGAUGGGGCCUUUUUUUGUUCUGUUCCGUUUAUUGUUGUUUGCCCUCACUUCACACAGCGUUCCUUGUCACAAUGUAUUUUUCUGUUCUUAACCGGAAGCCUUGAAAAUACCAGAUGUAUUUUUAAAGAUAAUUUCUUCAUAAUAGUAAGGACCUAUGGUUCAUUGUUCAUUGACACACUCUUAAUUUUUCGAUGGGUGUCAAUGUUCGCAUUACUGAAAAAAAAUGGGGCCUUAGAACCGUUGCGUAAAAUUUACACUAAAUAUCUGCGUGCGCCAUUUCUGAAGACUGUACACGCACAAAAAUAUUGAGAUUUAUAAACUUGGCACAUGCCAAUCAUACGCAUGUUUCCCCUUAUAAAUCAGACCUUUCGUAAAACUGUGCGCAUGAACAAGCAUUAUAACUCCACCUGAAACGCCUAUCAUUCACCUUUUAUGGUGACAAUAACGCCCUUAUUUACUUUGGAAGUAUUGGAAUUACGCAAAGACCAUAUCUAGAAAUGGUGAACUUUAUCAAAUGUUUUUGGAGGUGUUGGCAGAAUGUUUUCUUUUGCAGUUACAGUUGCUA